AUGAAGUCUAGUACCAAGGUACUGGUAAAGGAGUAUAAGAAGUACGUGGUCAAGGUGGUGGUUAAGAACCUGCAGACGACGCAGCGCUGGCACUUCCUGUGUAAUUCCUGGAUUGGCCAAGGGAAGGGUACUGGAGAGCUGCAGAAAACCUUCACUCCCGCACAAAGUAAUGAAAUUACCAGCUUCAGCAACAUAUUCCACAGCAAGACGACGAGUGGGUUCAAAGAUCAGCACAUCUGGAUUUCGGUUUUAGACCCACCCCAUCGCAGCCCUUUCACCCGGGUCCAGAGGGUCUCAUGCUGCAUGUCCCUCCUGCUCUGUACCAUGGCUGUCAACAUCAUGUUCUGGAACUUGCCUGUCGACCCUGACUCCCCUGUCGUCUUUAAGUUUACCAGCGCAUUGGUGUUCACCAGCCAAGAAAUAAUGAUCGGAGUUGAGAGCGCUCUCCUCAUGUUUCCCAUAAACAUCCUCAUCAUUACCAUCUUCCGCAGUAUCAAGCCAAGAAAUCCCAAUUCCAAGGAAGGCAAAGACGACCUUCUGAAGAAGAACCCAUGCCCACAGACACCAUCCGAGACCUUUGAAACUCUCCUUAUGGACACAAAGAUGUUAGUAGAUAUUCUCAGUAAAAAUAAAAAGAACAAUGUGCCACCACUGGAUGGGGAUCUUACUUCAGGGACUGACUUCAACAUGGCCUUGGACCUCAUUGAAAUGUUUAUCCUGCAGCUACAAGGAGAACAGAACCCCAAUGACCCACACUGGAUCCAUGCCAGUCGAUAUGUGUGCCUCAGCCUAAUACACAUGUCUAAGGGUCUGGAAAAGGUGGGACCAGAAUUUUUCCCAUCCCCUGCGGCCUACGGUUACUCCGCAAACAGAGUCAAACAGAUGGUGCAGUACCUGGACCAGGUAUGCACCAAGCAAGCCCCGGACAGGUAA